AGAAUACCGGCAGCUGCUCAAGAUGCCUUUGCAAAUGGCAGAAUGGCGAGGUCGGCACAUGGAUCCGUGGCCGGGAAGCCGAGCACAUGGAUCCGUUGCCUCGGCGAGACUCUCGGGUGGAGGUGGGCAAGAGAUGGGUCGGCGACUAUGACAAGGCGCUGCAGAGACUCGCGGAGACUCGGGUGCCGGAGGCCGUGGCCGCCCUGCGGGGGGACGCGCUGCUGCCCACGCAGGUCAUCACUACUCUGGCCAGAGCCGCGCACUGGUCCCUGGCGGUCGCCUUCUAUAGCGAGAUGGCGAGGAGCUGCCUCGAGAUCACCGUGUACCAUGCCUCGGCGGCCGUGAAAGCCUGCCAGCAGGCCGGGGCCUGGGAGCCGGCGCUGGCGCUGCUGGAAGGAGCUCCAAGCCUCACGGUGCAGCCCAACGAGUACACCUACAACGCAGCCAUCAGCGCCUGCGAAAAGAGAGGCCACUGGCAGGAGGCGGUGGCGAUUUUCGGGCUCAUGGCGCAGCGGCAGUGUUUGCUGAGCGUCAUCUCCUUCUCCGCGGCGAUGAGCGCCUGUGAGAAGGCGAACCGCUGGCAGGAGGCGCUGUACUUGUUGCACAGCAUGGCAGGUGCCUCAGUCGCCAAGAACACCAUCGCCUUCUCGGCUGCCAUCAGCGCCUGUGAGAAGGGCGGUGAGUGGCUGCUGGCGCUGGAGCUGCUGACCCAGAUGACGCUGGAAAGUGUGCAGAGGAACACGGUGACCUACUGUGCCGCCAUAAGUGCCUGCGAGAAGGCGGCACAGUGGGCAGCGGCGCUGCAGCUCUUCUGGGAGAUGCCUCAGCGAGGAGUCCAGCGGGACGAGAUCAGCUUCAGCGCGGCGAUCAGCGCGUGCGAGAAGAGUGGGCAAUGGGAGAGUGCUGUGGCGCUUCUGCACACCAUGUCCCAGGUGAUGCCGGUGAGCACCGUGGCCGCCAGCGCCGCAGUCACCGCGUGCGAGGGCCAGUCCCAGUGGCAGGCGGCGCUGCUCCUCUUCUCAGGCACCAAGGUGGACCAGAUCCUGGCGAACGCGGCCAUCUCUGCAGCGGAGAAGGGCAGCCAAUGGCAAGUGGCGAUGCAGAUUCUCGGCGACUUUGACCGCUGGCGGUUGCAGAAGACGGAAAUCACCUACACGGCGGCGAUCAGCUCUUGCGAGCCUGCGGGGAUUUGGCACGUGGCCUUGGCACUUUUCCUAGAGAUGCGGCACGCUUUGCCUGCACGCGAGCAAGGAGUGCAGGCCGGCUCCGUGCUCCUGGCGCUGCGCAGAGCUCUGGGCCUUGCAAAGGCGGAGGAGCUGCUGGAGCGGUUCCGGCGCCUCUGGGAGGAGGAAGUCCCGCAAGUGGAGCAGAGGCGGGUGGCCGGGUUCCGCGUCUUGGGCUCCGGCUGCGGGGUGCUGGCCAUCGACAAGCCCCAGGGCGUGGAGACGGAAGUGGUGAUCUCGGAGCUGCGGGCAGCGCUGCAGCGGCCCAUCAGCUGCACCUCGCGGCUCGAUUUGCCCACCUCCGGGGUGUUGCCGGUCGCCUUGGGGGACGAAGGCUCCGGCGCCACCCAGUACCUGCGCGCUCAGUGGGCGGCGCGCCUGGUAUCCAAGCAGUACCUGUGCCUUUGCGUGGGCGAGGCCUUGCCCGCCACGCGCGGCGAGAUCCGUCGAGGGAUCCGCCCGGUGCCUGGCAACCUGCUGAUGCAAGAGGUGUCUCCAUACGGGCGCCCAGCCAGGACCGCCUACCAAGUCUUGGCCUCUUAUUCCCACCCAGAAAACGAGUCGACGCUGAGCCUGGUGCAGGUUCAGCUGCUGACUGGUCGCAAGCAUCAGAUCCGGGUGCAUUUUGCCAGCAUUGGCCGGCCACUUGCGGGUGACCGACGCUACGGAGGCGCCAAUGAUUUUUGGUGCGAGCGGAUGUUCCUGCACUGCCGGCGCUUACAAGUGCGAGACCUGCGAGGCCGGCGCUUGGUGGUGAAGUCCCCGCUCCCAGCGGAGCUGGCGGCGCUGCUGAAGCGGCUGGAGAAAAAGCGCCUCGCGCACAUCGCGCGCGCUGCGCGGUUGGACGGUUGGGUGCCACCCAGACCUGUGGACGGCUGCGAAAUCCGUUCG